GCGGGGCCGCGAACAAAGAGGAGGAGCCGAGGGUGAGAGCACAGUCUGAAAUGGAUGUUACAUGAAUCACUUGAAGGGCUUCAUACAACUAUGAAUAUUUCUGAAGCUUUUCCUCAGUAAACUAGAUAAAGAUGGAUGAAUCUGCCUUGUUGGAUCUGCUGGAGUGUCCUGUGUGUCUAGAGCGGCUUGAUGCUUCGGCCAAGGUUUUGCCUUGCCAGCACACAUUUUGCAAACGAUGUUUGCUGGGGAUCGUAGGUUCCCGAAAUGAACUCAGAUGUCCCGAGUGCAGGACUCUUGUUGGCUCGGGUGUUGAGGAGCUUCCAAGUAACAUCCUGCUGGUCAGACUUCUGGAUGGUAUCAAGCAGAGGCCUUGGAAGCCUGGCCCUGGUGGGGGCAGUGGGACGAACUGCACAAAUGCAUUGAGAGUUCAGAACAGCUCUGUGGCUAACUGUAGCUCAAAAGAUCUGCAGAGCUCCCAGGGUGGACAGCAGCCACGGGUGCAAGCCUGGAGCCCCCCAGUGAGGGGUAUACCUCAGUUACCAUGUGCCAAAGCAUUAUACAACUACGAAGGGAAAGAGCCUGGAGACCUUAAAUUCAGCAAAGGCGACAUCAUCAUUCUGCGGCGACAAGUGGAUGAAAAUUGGUACCACGGGGAAGUCAACGGGAUCCAUGGCUUUUUCCCCACCAACUUUGUGCAGAUUAUCAAACCAUUACCUCAGCCCCCACCUCAGUGCAAAGCACUUUAUGACUUUGAGGUGAAAGACAAGGAAGCGGACAAAGAUUGCCUUCCGUUUGCAAAGGAUGAUGUUCUGACUGUGAUCCGCAGAGUGGAUGAGAACUGGGCUGAAGGAAUGCUGGCAGACAAAAUAGGAAUAUUUCCAAUUUCAUAUGUUGAGUUUAACUCCGCAGCGAAGCAGCUGAUAGAAUGGGACAAGCCUCCUGCGCGAGGAGCCGAAGCUGGAGAAGGCACCGCGGCGGCAGCUCCGAGCAGCACUGCCCCGAAGCACUCCGACACCAAGAAGAACACCAAAAAGCGGCACUCCUUCACUUCCCUCACCAUGGCCAACAAGUCCUCGCAGGCGUCCCAGAACCGCCACUCCAUGGAGAUCAGCCCUCCUGUCCUCAUCAGCUCCAGCAACCCCACGGCGGCCGCGCGCAUCAGCGAGCUGUCCGGGCUCUCCUGCAGUGCCCCGUCUCAGGUUCAUAUAAGUACCACCGGGUUAAUUGUGACCCCACCCCCAAGCAGCCCGGUGACAACUGGCCCCUCGUUCACAUUCCCGUCAGAUGUCCCCUACACAGCUGCUCUUGGAACUAUGAAUCCUCCUCUUCCCCCGCCCCCUCUCCUGGCCUCCACACCACCAGGCGCUGCUGCUGCUGCUGCUGCUGCUGCUGCUGCUGCUGCUGGAAUGGGACCGAGGCCCGCCGCAGGACCCACGGACCAGAUUGCACAUUUACGACCUCAGACUCGCCCCAGCGUGUAUGUUGCUAUAUAUCCAUACACUCCCCGGAAAGAGGACGAGCUGGAGCUGAGGAAAGGGGAGAUGUUUUUAGUGUUUGAACGUUGCCAGGAUGGCUGGUUCAAAGGGACAUCAAUGCAUACCAGCAAGAUAGGGGUUUUCCCUGGUAAUUACGUGGCACCCGUCACAAGGGCGGUGACAAAUGCUUCCCAAGCUAAAGUCCCUGUGUCGACAGCUGGUCAGACAGGUCGGGGGGUGACCAUGGUCAGUCCUUCCACUGCAGGAGGGUCUUCCCAGAAGCUCCAGGGAAACGGAAUGGCCGGGAGUCCUGGCGUUGUCCCCACAGCCGUGGUAUCCGCAGCUCACAUCCACACAAGUCCUCAGGCCAAGGUGUUGUUGAACAUGACCGGGCAGAUGACAGUUAACCAGGCCCGCAAUGCCGUGAGGACAGUUUUGGCACACAACCAAGAACGCCCUACGGCAGCGGUGAUGCCCAUCCAGGUACAGAACGCCGCCAGUCUGGGCCCUGCAUCUGUGGGCCUGCCCCAUCACCCCUUGGCCUCCCCACAACCUCCGCCUGCAAUGGCUGCUGUCAAUAUGGGUCGAGCCAGUGCCCCCCUCGCCUGUGCUGCGGCUGCUUCGAUGACCCCCCCAAGCAUCACCUCUGCCUCUCUGGAGACCGAGCCCAGUAGCCAGAUAAUGGCCAUUCUCUCUGGACUUCCCACGUCUCCUGACAGCGCUUCGUCAGCUUGUGGAAACAGCUCAGCAGCCAAACCAGACAAGGAUAGUAAAAAAGAAAGGAAGGGGUUGUUGAAGUUGCUCUCUGGCGCCUCCACCAAGCGGAAGCCCCGAGUGUCCCCUCCAGCCUCGCCCACCCUGGAGAUGGAGCUGGGUGGUGGCGAUUUGCCUCUGCAGGGAGCGGUGGGACCCGAGCUGCCACUGGGGGGCGCCCACGGCAGGGCCGGCUCCUGCCCUGUGGACGGGGAUGGCCCGGCCGCUGCAGGAGCCGCUCUGGCCCAGGAGGCUCUUCAUCGCAAGACUAGUUCCCUAGACUCUGCUGUUCCCAUCGCUCCGCCGCCUCGGCAGCCCUGCUCCUCCCUGGGCUCUGUCCUGAAUGAGUCCAGGCCUGUUGUUUGUGAAAGGCACAGGGUGGUGGUUUCCUAUCCUCCUCAGAGCGAGGCCGAACUUGAACUUAAGGAGGGAGAUAUCGUGUUUGUUCAUAAAAAGCGAGAGGACGGCUGGUUCAAAGGCACGUUGCAACGCAAUGGGAAGACGGGCCUUUUCCCCGGAAGCUUUGUGGAGAACAUCUGAGGAGGCGAACAGGAGGAAGAAGGUGUCACAUCCUGCCCCUCAGCGAGAGAGCACAGGGCGGACUUCCAGACGGCCGGGAGACGAGUAAAGGACAGGCGCGGGACCCCAGCGCCCCAGCGCGCAGACCACGCGGCGUGGUUGUGGGUUCUCCACUCUGGACUCGGCUGUGUGACGUGUGCCUUGUACUGUCUGACUGACUAUACAGAGA